CCUAAAAGAAAAUGAUGAAAAAGGCUUAUCGCAAGCGUCUGCCAAUCUUCCAUCAUCAAUAGAGACCAAACAACCAUCCCUACCGCCUUACCCGCUCUGGCUCUCUGUAAAGUGCAAUGUUUUCCUCCACCAUUUGAAGUGUAAUCAUCCAAAAACCUACUUCUGAGUUCAUGCGAUGCGAUGGAAGGUACUCUGUUCCCCAACAAACCAGCGUAUCCUAUCCAAAAGAACAGACCACCAAGGCCGAACCCAUCUCCGAAAUUCAGCUCAGCAAAACUACCACCAACUCUUCCUCCUUCCCAUCUCUCUUUCCAAUUUGACUCUCUCCUCCAACACCUCCUCCAUCUGUCUUCUACACCCAAUUCAACGGCCCACAAGCUAAACGAUACUAAAUUCUCUUCUUCUCUUCGAAUUUCGGAUGAUUCAGACCAGAAACAGCUCCAACCAGCUCCAAAAGGAAAUCCCAUUUCAGUCCUUGAGUUUGAAGUCGACAAAGAAGAGGAUGUAUCCGAUAACGGGUCUCUCGAUUACUUGACAAGGAAGGGUAAGUUGAUACUUGAUUCAAUUUUGGAACAGCCUUUGCAUUGUUUGAGUUCUUUCUUUGAUACUUGCAAAUACGAGCUGCUUCAAGUUGAUUUGAUUAGCCUCUUGAAAGCAUUGGACUAUUCUGGCAACUGGGAAAAAGCCCUUUACUUGUUUCAAUGGACACUUUUGAAUUUAGGAACUGCAAAUGAGAAAAUAGAUAACAAUGCUAUUGAACUAAUGGCCAGGAUUCUUGGUAGGGAAUCGCAGCAUUCUAUUGCAUCGAAGCUCUUCGAUGCUAUUCCCCUUGACAAAUACUUGCUAGAUGUUCGCGCAUACACAACUAUUCUUCACACAUACUCUCGUACAGGCAAGUAUAAGAGAGCAAUUGAAAUAUUCGAGAAAAUGACGGAGUCAGGCUUGUCACCAACUUUGGUCACUUACAAUGUCAUGCUUGAUGUUUAUGGGAAAAUGGGUCGGUCUUGGAAUAAGAUUGUAGGCCUCUUAGAUGAGAUGAGAAGUAGAGGACUUGAAUAUGAUGAAUUUACUUGCAGUACUGUAAUAUCUGCUUGUGGGAGAGAGGGCUUGCUAAAUGAAGCAAAAGGAUUCUUUGCUGUAUUGAAAUCUAAGGGCUAUGUACCAGGAACAGUUACUUAUAAUGCUUUAUUGCAAGUGUUUGGCAAGGCUGGGAUUUACUCGGAGGCCUUGACAAUCUUGAAAGAAAUGGAGGAUAACAAUUGCCCACCUGAUGCUGUGACUUAUAAUGAGCUUGUAGCAGCUUAUGUGAGGGCAGGGUUAUAUGAGGAAGGAGUUACUCUUAUUGAUUCAAUGACUUGUAAAGGAAUAAUGCCAAAUGCUGUUACAUACACUACGGUGAUAAAUGCUUAUGGCAGAGCAGGAGAGAUGGAUAGAGCUUUAAAGUUGUUUGACCAGAUGAAGAAGUUGGGUUGUGUUCCUAACGUGUGCACUUACAAUGCUGUUCUUGGAAUGCUAGGAAAGAAGUCACAAUCAGAGGAGAUGCUGAAGAUUCUUUCCGAUAUGAAAAUAAAUGGAUGUGCUCCUAAUCGUAUUACAUGGAACACAAUGCUUGCCAUGUGUGGUAAUGAGGGCGAGCACAAAUAUGUGAAUCGGGUUCUUCGGGAAAUGAAAAGUUGUGGGUUUGAACCUGAUAAAGACACAUUCAAUACUUUAAUUAGUGCAUAUGGACGGUGUGGUUCAGAUAUUGAUGCUGCAAAAAUGCAUGAGGAGAUGAUUAAAGCAGGGUUUACUCCAUGUGUUACCACAUAUAAUGCACUUCUGAAUGCUCUGGCUCGACGAGGUGAUUGGAAAGCAGCAGAAUCAGUCAUCCUGGACAUGAAGAAGAAGGGUUUCAAGCCCAGUGAAACAUCAUACUCAUUGAUACUUCACGCUUAUGCAAAGGGAGGGAAUGUGAAAGGCAUGGAAAGGAUUGAGAAAGAUAUUUAUGGUGGUCAUAUCUUUCCCAGCUGGAUGCUGUUGAGAACCCUUGUUCUUGCAAACUUCAGGUGUAGAUCACUAAUGGGUAUGGAAAGGGCAUUUAAGGCAUUGCAAACACAUGGAUACAAACCGGAUUUAGUUUUAUACAAUUCUAUGCUUUCAAUUUUUGCAAAGAACAAUAUGCAUAAGCGAGCUCACGAAAUGCUUCAAUUGAUUCAUGAGAGUGGUUUGCAGCCAGAUCUCAUCACCUACAAUAGCUUGAUGGACAUGUAUGCCAGAGGGGGAGACUGCUGGAAAGCAGAAGAGAUUCUCAGGAUGCUAGAAACAUCUGGUGGGAAACCUGACCUCGUUUCAUAUAACACUGUCAUCAAAGCUUUUUGCAGACAAGGGAACAUGCAGGAGGCUCUAAGAAUCCUAUCUGAGAUGACAACAAGAGGAAUUGGACCAUGUAUUUUUACGUAUAAUACUUUUAUUACUGGCUAUGCAGCACAGGAAAUGUUUACAGAAAUAAAUGAGGUGAUUAGCUACAUGAUUGAGCAUGACUGCAGACCAAAUGAGCUAACCUACAAGAUCGUGGUAGAUGGUUAUUGUAAAGCAAGACGAUAUAAAGAAUCUAUGGACUUUGUUUCAAAGAUUAAGGAUAUAGAUGGCUCUUUUGAUAAUGAGUCUGUGCAAAGACUUGCUUCUCGGGUGCGCAACAAUCUAGAAUCACGGUGAUUUGGAGUCAUGACUUUGUUGAGUAUCCUGCUUAGGUUCUUUACGUUAAUGACUAGGGGAGCUUCAGGAGAGUUAUGAAGGAAAAAAAAAAAGGUGGAUUUCAUUCUAAUCUUUUUCUGGUAAGCUCCCUUGUCAUAUUUGUAUAAUAGCAAUUUUGUUUAGAAACAAACUUCAGGUGUAUGUUCUCUAGCAACUGUAUCCAGGUCAAAAAGGUUUGUCAGUGUGAAUAUAAUGGGAAUGUCUAUAAUGAUUCUGAUUUUC